AUGGCCUGGAAAGUCCGAACAACGUUCAUAUACGUCGUCGGAUCGGUCUUCUUCUGCGCCUCUCUCUACCACCACUACUUCCGCCACGCCUUCGCCUCCCAACGCAUUACGCCCUCCCCCGCCGUCCUCACCGUCGCAGCCUCCGCCGCUAAUUACGCCAUCCGUGAAAACCUCACCGAUGCAGCUCUGCUUCCCCCGCACGACCCCAUCGCCACCCCCUCCCCAUUGCCGCCGCCGCCUCCCACCACCUCCAUUCUCCUCCCGGACUGGGAGGUUCUCGUGAUCGCGUCGCCUGAUGAUCCAACCAUCCUCCCCCGGAAUUCCGAUGGAUACUUCUGUUUAUUCGACACCGGCGAGCUAUCACAGGCGAAAUUCACCGGCGUCCUUCCUUUCCCCGAUCGAGCGACCUUCAGCUGCGUCCUUCCCCUUAGAGCUCGCCGGAGGCUCCCGUUCAGGCAGCCGAUUCUCACCAAGUCUCCCAAGGCCGACGAAUCGCCAUCGGACGCGCCACCGGUCCUUCGGUGGUCGUUCGUGGUGUACGAUUCACUGACAACGGACGAAGACGUGGUCCUGUUCGCAAAGGGCGUGAACGUGCGGCAGGGGAUCAAUCGCGAACCCCAGGAAUUCCGCUGCGUGUUUGGGGACAGCGUGAUUGACGGCGUCAGAACCACCGUCACUUCCUCCAUGCAGGAGGUGUUCCGCUGCAAACGCCCCAAUCUAACGGCGGUUCUUGGUGAAUCGGGCCGCCCAGUAAAGGUCUCCCUGGAAAUUGUCUCAGAAAAUCUGGUGGUCCCAUCGGUAGCAUACUACACACCCCCGCGCAGGUUAGAGUCAGGGAGCGGCAAAUCACUACUGUGCGCCACCACCAUGGUAUAUGAUGUGGCCAAAUUCCUCCGCGAGUGGGUUGUGUACCACUCCAGAAUUGGGGUCGACAAAUUCCUUCUGUACGACAAUGGCAGCGACGAUGAUCUGGCAAAAUCCGUGGACGAGCUCGUAAAAGAAGGUUUCGACAUCAGCACAUACUUUUGGCGGUGGCCCAAAACACAAGAGGCAGGUUUUUCACACAGUGUGAUUUAUUCUAAAGAUGCAUGUUCAUGGAUGAUGUACUUAGAUGUGGACGAAUUCAUAUAUUCCCCCAAUUGGCACAACAUCUCUCAACCAUCAAACUCACUGCUGCGCUCUUUGAUCACACCAAAUUCCUCAAAAUUGGGACAAAUCAGCAUCGGCUGCAAUGAGUUCGGGCCGUCCAAUCAAAAAGUGCAUCCCCCAAUGGGAGUGACCCAAGGCUACAAUUGUCGGAGGACACACGAAAAUCGGCACAAGUCCAUCGUGCGCUUGUCCGCUGUUAACGACUCGUUGCUUAAUGCAAUACACCAUUUUUACUUGAGGCCAGGGUACAAGACCAGAAAACCGGGUAUUCACGAGAUGGUGGUGAAUCACUACAAGUACCAAGCGUGGCCCGAGUUCAAGGCCAAGUUCAGGAGGCGUGUGUCGGCUUACGUGUUGGAUUGGACCCAAAAACUGAACCCGCAUUCAAACGAUAGGACGCCCGGUUUAGGGUACGAACCGGUCGAGCCACAGGGGUGGCCCAAGAAGUUCUGUGAGGUCCACGAUAAUAAGUUAAAGGAUUUGGUGAGGAGAUGGUUUCGAGUCGGGUCGGGUUCAGGGUCGAAAAUGGCUUGGCAGAGGUGA